CUUGAAACCACAAAGAAGAUAGCAAGCAAACAAAUCAAAAACACUUUCCCCUAACAAACAUAAAUCAGUAAUCGGGUCUGAGCCUCUCAAUUAUGAACGAUAGAAAUGUUGCUGGGAUUGUGGAGGCAGUUUCAAAAUGAUCCAAUGGUGGUGCCAUCAGAUCGGAGGGGUUGUGUAAUUCGGCUUAGUUUUGUUCGUAUCGUUUUGAGUUCGUUUCCGGGGGGAAAUAAUUGAAGGAGAGAUUCCCUUUAGGACGAUAAUCACUCGGAAGUGCUGGAGGAAGGAGAGCACGGCGAAAGGAGGGUUUCAAGAGUAAAGGGACUUUGGUGUAACUGUUACUCGGUUUAACCGGUUUCCUCUUUUUUUUUCUUCUUUCUAAUAACCAACGGUUUUGGUUUUAGUUCUUCUGUUUUUUACAUAGCUGUAACUUAGGGUUUUCAUUUUAGAAUGAUUCUAUAAGGACUGCCGGAGUAGUAUCUUCACCUCCUCCGCCGCGGCGUUCACUCACCACCAUCGGAUAAUAACAAAGCUUAUAUCGAAGCAAAUGAACGGUAGAGAUUCAAAGGAGGACAAGGAGGAACAUGAACAAGUUAUGAGCGAGGUUCAUCUCGGAUGUCCACCUGGCAUCUUCGGUCCUCACAUUUCCCGCUUCACCAUUUGCCUGCCUUCUGGAGUUGAAUCCAGCAGAUUCAAUGGACUCUUCAAAGACCAAGAACCUUGUACGGACCAAAACAUUAGCUUCGAUGAAGAUGGCGACUUAGUUUUACCAAGAAGACGCCAGAUUUCUCGGCGUUGUUUUACUAUGAAAAUCCAGCAUAAUAUCACUUCAUCCAUUCCUAGUGUUGGUUUGCAGGUAUGGAAAGCUGAACUAGUUUUGUCGGAUUUUGUGUUACAUAAGAUCUGCACUUCAAUGGAGUUCCAUGGCAUUGUCUCGUUAGAGCUUGGUGCUGGAACAGGGCUUGCAGGCAUGCUGCUUGCACUUGCUGCUAGGACCGUGUUCUUAACAGACCACGGUGAUAAAAUCCUCGAGAACUGUCUUAAGAACGUUCAACUUAAUUAUGGAGUCCUUAAACAUCGAAAUGUAAUUUAUGUGCGCGAACUUGAUUGGACUCAUCCUUGGCCUCCUAAAGAUAGUUCAGACCAUGCAUCUCAAGAAAGGUUUACAUGGAGCUCAUUUGAACUUGAAGAAGUCCAGAAAGCUUCUCUGCUUUUAGCUGCUGAUGUUAUUUACAGUGAUUAUCUUACAGAUGCGCUGUUUGGUAUCCUUGAAAGAAUAAUGUCACAAGGGUCUGAAAAGGUGUUAUAUUUGGCACUGGAAAAGCGCUACAACUUCAGUCUUGAUGAUCUUGAUAUUGUAGCAAAUGGUUAUUCAAAGUUCAGAAGUUACACAAAGGAAGACAGCGAAUGUGAAGGUCUUGAGCCUGGUUCCUUGCCUUGUUUUAUGGGUAGGUGUAUCGAUAUUGCAGAAAUUCCUCAAUAUGUGGGGGGAUAUGACCGUGGAAAGGAUGUUGAGCUUUGGGAGAUUAGAUACAACAAAGACACUGCUUUAAUGCCUUGUUAAAGUGAGUGACCAAUUAUCCCAAAAGCUCAAUCCGGUAAGAAAAGGACUAACUAUUGUAUAUAAGUUUCACAAAGCUCCCCACAACUGUUUGCAAUUACAGGCCAAUAGUUAGGUAGAUAGUUGAUUCAUCCCUUGUUUAGGAUGAUCAAAAGCAGUUUGUUGUUUCUGGAAACAUUACUAUCUUUGCUAACUUAUAUUCAUAUAUUCAGCAAUGAACUCGGUAGUUCCGGAUAUCAGAAAUGAACAUAAUGCAUCGCAUGAGUUGCAGUUAAAGCUGGAAGAUACUUA